GAGUGACCUUCACUUUGUCACUUGUUUUCUCCACACGCAAAGAAAAGGAAGCUCUCUAAACUCUCUCUCUGUGGUAAAAACUGAGAAACAUCAGAAUGGUGAAAAGAGGAGGAACGAAGACGAAGAUUGCGAUUAAGAAAAUCAUGAAGAAGAGUUCGCUGAGGCCUAUUUGCACUAAACGUCGUGAAGGACUUUUCAGUAAAGCCUCUCAGCUCGAUGGCGUUAUCUCCGCUUUUCUCUCCGGAAAGCGUCCUCAGGAUAACAAAGAGAUGAGAGACGAUGAUGUUGGUGUGUGUUUGACUCGUAAGGAUCUAGGGUUAGGGUUUUGGUGGGAGGACAAAAGUCUUAACAGAUCCGAGGAUCCUCAAGAGCUUAGUGACGCGAUGGAGUCCAUGUGGACGCUGUUGAGUAAUCUCAAGAAGUUUGUAACAGUUUUAGUACCGAUAACACAAAUAACCUUUCCAGUCUUCCAGAGCUUCACCGAGAGCUCAAGGAUAGGAGAAUACAGCUAGAAAGAUGAUUUUAACAAGAAGAAUCACCUCAAUAGAUCUGUAGUUCUACGGAUGAUGAUGAAUAUAGAUGAUGUAUGAGA